UACACCCCCCCUGGUCUGGUCUCCGUGCUACGGGACACCCGCCACCCCCCAUGGAGGGCACGGACAUGGACGUGGACGCGGAGCUCAUGCAGAAGUUCAGCUGCAUGGGCACAACCGACAAGGACGUCCUCAUCUCGGAGUUUCAGAGGCUGCUCGGCUUCCAGCUCAACCCGGCCGGCUGCGCCUUCUUCCUGGACAUGACCAACUGGAAUCUUCAGGCUGCUAUCGGUGCAUAUUACGACUUUGAAAGUCCCAAUAUCAACACGCCAUCCAUGUCCUUCGUUGAAGAUGUGACAAUUGGGGAAGGAGAGUCAGUUCCUCCAGAUACACCGUUCACAAAGACCUGGAGAAUACAAAACACAGGUGCAGAGUCGUGGCCUCCGGGGGUUUGUUUAAAGUACAUCGGCGGGGAUCAGUUUGGCCAUGUAAACACGGUUAUGGUGAAGUCACUAGACCCCCAAGAAAUAUCAGAUGUCAGCGUACAGAUGCGAAGUCCCACAACUCCCGGCAUGUACCAGGGCCAGUGGAGGAUGUGCACAGCCACCGGAUUAUUUUAUGGAGACGUAAUCUGGGUGAUUCUCAGCGUAGAAGUCGGAGGUCUCCUCGGCGUGACCCAGCAGCUGUCUUCCUUCGAGACAGAAUUCAACACUCAGCCCCAGCGCAACGUUGAGGGAGACUUCAACCCCUUCGCCUCACCACAGAAGAACAAGCACGAUGCGACCGAUGGCUUCAGAGACCCCAGCGGAGCCUGGGAACGCACGCAAGAGCCAAUCCAGCAAGAUCAAAACGGACUGUCUCAUAAUGCUGUAAAUAGGUCGACGAACGGUCUCCAAACUAACCUCUCUGUGGUAACUUACGGUCAGGGUAUUCAUGGACCCUAUCCGUUUGGACAGAGCUAGAAUGACAAAGACCUCCCCCCAAUUUGGAUGAUGAGCAUAACACCCCAGGAGUCCUUAAAUGCAGAAGGAGUUGGAGGGGGGGGAGGAACAGUUGUUUUAUAUUGACUCAUGACAACCCCUCUCCCCAACCCACGGCCCUUUUCCACAGAAACACAAGACUACAGCGAGGUGAUGGAUUACAUCCGCUACCGUGAAAUAUCCUAUCUGACAUCAUCAACACCCGGACUCACAUGUGUAAAUGCUUCAUUUAUGAGUGCUAUAAACCCUUAAAAAAAUAGAUACACACGACUAUUUUUUAUUUCCACACGCAUAAUUAAAGGGAAAUUCAACCCUAAACAGCCAACAUACAAUUCGUCACUUCAACGGGCAAUUCAAUACUCUGUCUCUUUUGGGGUUCCUACACAGGUCUGUAUGGAGAGUACUAAACAAGCUACUAGUGAUUAUAGAUCAUUCAGAGGCCUUGAAAAAAAAAGUGUUUAAAAGAAAGACUGAAUAAUUGUGGAAUGUAUUUUUCAUUUGGAAGAAAAAAAUAAGUGUAAUCUUUUAUUCACAAAUUCCUCUAGAUGACAGCCUUACACCACUUUCACUUACAAAAAAGCUGGGCAAUGCUGUGGGAUGUCUUAAUUAUAAGCUGUGUUCACGGCUGCAGCUUCAAUUCAAUUCACAUCACGACAAAAAAAAAAAAAAAACUAAACAGAAAUUGUUCAAGUACAUUCAUAAAUACAUGUGCAGGUUGGCAGGAAGUUUGCUUUUAACAGUUGAGGUUCACCAUGAUGUGCCCCAGUUUUGGUAUAACCAUAGGAUUUGUUUUUCUUUCUUCUGUCUUGUGAAAGGUUCAGACAUCUUGAUCUCUGAUCUUUUCCCAAAAAAAACAGUGACGGCAAGCUUUGCUCAACCUCAAAACUACUUUCAAGUAUUUUUGUAUAAUUGAGAACAAUGGAAAGGAAAGGACUAUAAGUCAUUACCAAUGUUUAUAAAAGUUGUGACAUAGCAGCUAUAGGUUUAUAUUACAUAAAUAGCUCCGAGUUUGUAGCCAGUGUUUACCCUCACAGAGCAGUUUCGGGCCCUCCUUGAACCCUCCUUGGAUUGAUCUCCACCCCACAGUAAAUGCCUGGUUUUUCCUCGUCGUUUGCAUCUGUCUUAAAAUCAGUGUUAGUGACUAGUCACAGAUCAGAUACUUAAUAUUUAAAAUCACUUUCUCAGAAAUCAAAGAUAUUGAAAGAUGAGGGGCAAAUUUCUUGCAUCUUUAUGUAAAAAACAACAAAAAACAACAACAAAAAAAAAUUCCAUGUUGGUGUGAUCCCAGUGUAGGAACCCCGUCUCUUCCCAAAGAUAAAAAUCCAGAGAACCAAGACACUAAUCUGCGCUGUCAUCCAGCCACACUGUCUGCAGGUGCCCAGUUCAGACUGCAUGAGACAACGUGGUGUUUUUUUUUUGUUUUUUUUUCUUUUUCAUUUCUUUUCUUUUUUUGUUGUUGUUGUUGUUGUUGUUGUUGGGGUGGGUUUUCAUGUUAAAUAGAUGCUGAAGCGAAAAAGGAGUUUUGAGCAAGUGAGGUGUGAGGAAGGGUUGAAAAAAGCCAUCUUAAUCUAUUUUGCCUGGUGAGUGAUUUUAUUUUUUUCCAUGUCUGUGUGUACUAGGUGUGUGUGUGUGUGCGUGCGUGCAUGUGUGGAUGUAUGUUACGGUUAUUCUUUUGAUUGAACUGACAUGAAAUGGUGUAUACUACUUGGGCAAAAAGGAUGACGAGACUAUUAAAAAAAAAACACACACAUCUGUACUGAGAGCGAUUUUACUAGGCGUGUACCUCUGAAGUAUUGUUGAGUGAUUAUUCACUGUUUGGAUGAACUGACUCACUAAUUAACCUGAUGUUAUUUAUUUGCUGUCUUAUUGUACACUGCAGAUGCAAAAAAAGCACCAUUUACAGCCAGCAGGUGGUGCUAAAAAUCAGAUGACCAACUAUAACUUGACUCCAUAUGCUGAGUACAUGAGAAAAAAGGUGAUAAAGUUUGAUUGUGGUGAGAUUUGAAUGGUUUGCAUCAGCUUUUUUUCUUUUUUUUUUUUUUUUUUUUUUUCUUUGGCACUGAUGUUAUGUUAUUGCUAUUUGCACAAUGCUUUUCACCACUUCUGAUCAUUUUUUUUCUGUGUGUGUGUGUGUGUUUGUGAUACCAGCAUUUUUCAAGUUUUUUUUUUUCCUUAUAUCGCCUUCAUUCUCCACUGCUUUAGAUUUUCAGUUUCAUCGCUGCAUCUAUUUUCUGAGCAUAAAAAAAAUGAAGACUGACUGAAUUGUGUUACUCUUGAUUACACAUAUCUGAGAACGAGUUACACAGUUUGCCUGCUAUCACACCUUAUUAUUGUUAUCUUACAUCAGCUUUGAUGUGCUCAUUAUGUCAGACGAUGGAUUUUGAUCGUGUAUUUUUGGGCUUAAAAAUAAAAUGGGAACUUCAUUAUAGUGUUAGUUUUUUUUUUUCUAAAGUGGCGUAUUUCUAAAUGCCUCAGACGAAACAUAAUUAAUUAAGUUUAUGUCUUAAUUUAUCAAACUUCCUCCCAGUUUGUUGCCUUCAUGAUCAUGUUGUUACCCAUUGGUAAAACUCACCAGCAUUCUGUGUUGAACCGCUGCUUUAUUUGUAUUGAGAGUCAACUGAGAGUCCUCCUCCCAAACAGUAUGCACUGUUCUGCGGUGCUUCUUUCAGUCACGUCAGUCUUUUUUUCUCCUUUGUGUGUGUGAGUGAGUGUGUGUGUGUGUGCGUGCGUACUUCCCUUUUGUGAGCUUGCCUGUGUACGUGUGUGAGAGAGAGAGAGAGAGAGAGAAAGAGAAAGAUGGUGAGGAGGUCUGAACAUUGCUGGAAUUUAUUCUCUAGUUUUAGUGUGUGACUAUGUGCGGGUUUAAGAUGGGUGGUGAAUGGAUGAGAUGAAAGUUUACAUAGUCCUAAAAUAGCACAUUUAUCUGAAGAGAAAUUGUCAGUAUAAAGCUUUUUUUCCCCUGUAUCUAUAAUUAAGCAUUUGUAUGAUUAAAUUAACACUGAAACUGACUUGUUAAAAAAAAAAAAAAAAAAAAAAAAAAA